AUGACAAAUGUACAGCCUACUGCAAUAUUCUUUCCGGCUCCAACGUCGAGAUACUGGACGCGGAGCAAGGCGAUGAACUUUUUGAAAGUCAGCUACGAUGUCCAGGCCGAAAUUCUGCAGUAUCUCUUGCCUCAAGAACUCGCCAGUUGCUCUGCCACCUCCAAAAGAAUGCAUCGACUAUGCGUCCCCUUCCUUGCAUCUGGCGUUAUUAUUAAAGGAGAAGACGCGCUUUCUUUCGCGAACCAAACCCUGGCCUUCUGCCGCUGGAUACAGACUAAGAAGUCGUCAGAGGGCACUGUCGACCGGUGCACUUACCUGCGGAGUCUGGCGCUGUAUAACCUUCGAGAGGUCUGGCUGCAGAAUCAACCCCCGGACGAGUCGCUCAAAGCUGCGUUGUCUAUGCUCACUGAGGUCUUGGCUAAAGCUACCAACCUGCGCCAUUUCUCAGUCUCCGGCUUUGACAUCUUGCUAGCGACUUGCCCCAGGAUUAAAGAUAUCCUAUCGCACUCUUGUGGGUCCCUUACGUCCAUCUGUAUUGGAGAAACAGGUCCAGGGCCGGCAAUUCUACGAGUCUUAUGGAAGCUCAAAGGCGUUCCUGGCAUCCACCUGCGAGCCACCUCGGGAACUCGUGAACAGAUAUCUUUUAUGGAGUGGCUCAGGGAAAAGAAACUGAUAAUACCGUCCAUGGAAGCUGGCAUAAGGAAAUCUAAGGUCAAGACGUGUUUUCCCAGAACGCAAGAGCUGAUACUGGAAGGUAUUGCAAUACCGGCUGCUUUGCUAUCGUACCUCUUCCCCAAUAUACGACUUCUGAUUUGGAUGGAGGGAUAUUCUAUUCUAAUGCCUUGCCAAUGGAGCGGUCCUCGCGCUGCCCUAAAAUGGGAUUCUUUGGACCGCCUUAUGAGCGACUUCCUCACUGUAGCUCACCGAGGAGUCUUCUGUCCUGUUCGGCGAUUGGAUUUAUGCUUUCCUCGAAUUAAUGGUUCUAUUUUCAAAGUGCCUGUCGAGAAGUUCGAGGAAUACCUCCUGGAGACACUGCAGCGCACAUCCCCAGUUGCCCUAUCCGUAUGCCUCCACACACAGGCAAGUAACGGGUUCUAUGAACGGGUGGCUCGGGCAUGCCCUAGGCUUAAGUUCCUCGAAAUAUGUCUAGCGCCCAACUCAAAGUUUCUCACUCCUCCGAGCGGCCAGGUCUUCCCUGAAGUGUCUGCAGCCGACGUAUUGCCCGCUUUAUGCAAAGGUCUAGCGUCGGUGCAAAUUGCGUACAUGAGCGUGCUCUUCUUCUCGAGAGACUUCAUCACGAAAGAUAUGGCCGCGAGCAUAACUACGGGUAUCCGGUCGCUACAAUUUCUGGAAGUGAUGAAUUUCCAGGAAUCGAUGGAUCUCAGGCUGGAAAAGAGGUUGGUCUGGUACGAGGUAAAGAGCGUUGCGGGAGGGGAACGCUGUGUAAUGGAAGUGGAUGAGAAUCGUGGCAAAGCCUGGCGAGAGUACUGGCAGAAUCAGUAG